AUGUGGGGUGUUCUAGCUUCUUUUAAUUGUCUAUUUCUAGAUUUGAUGCAGAUCUAUAUACAAGUUUUCUGCUUGCAUGGAGGUCUCUCUCCUUCUUUGGAUACACUGGACAAUAUCAGAGCAUUGGAUCGUAUACAAGAGGUUCCACACGAAGGACCAAUGUGUGAUCUCUUAUGGUCUGAUCCCGAUGAUCGUUGUGGGUGGGGAAUAUCUCCCCGUGGUGCUGGAUACACAUUUGGCCAGGAUAUAGCUUCACAGUUCAAUCAUACCAAUGGUCUCUCGCUGAUAUCUAGAGCUCACCAGCUUGUUAUGGAAGGAUACAAUUGGGCUCAGGAGAAGAAUGUUGUCACUGUAUUUAGUGCUCCAAAUUACUGUUACCGGUGUGGGAAUAUGGCUGCCAUACUGGAAAUCGGAGAGAACAUGGAUCAAAAUUUUCGUAUACCUUAG